CUUCGCUGUAUCGCCCCCACCCCCACCACUCCCCUGUGCCUCUCAACUUCUUUGUGUCUGAGAGAUGGCAUUUUUUCUGACUUCAAUUUCUCAUGCAGUUCCAACUCUUCAAUUCUCAACAACUUGCUUCCAUGGCGAACUCUGCUCCUUGUCAUCCUCGUCCUCUUCUUCCUCUAGUUCUUUCAUGGGGGCUCGACUAGCCUCCUUCCCUUCAACUUUCCCAGGUAAAUCUUCAAGCUUUAGAAAGGGACUCGUUGUUUAUUCAAAAAGAAUUUCAGGCUUGGAGGAGGCUAUUAGAAUAAGAAGAGAGCGUGAGCUUCGGACUUCAACAGCUUCACAAAGAAGGCCGCCUUUGAGGCGUGGAAAGGUGUCACAACGGCUUCCUGUCCCUGAUCACAUACCAAAGCCUCCCUAUGCAGGGACAAAAAUACUGCCUGAAAUUUCCAAAGAAUAUCAGAUUCAUGAUGCUGAAGGAAUUUUGAAAAUGAGGGCUGCUUGUGAACUUGCUGCCCAGGUCCUAGAUCAUGCAGGAACAUUGGUUAGGCCAUCUGUGACGACGAAUGAAAUUGAUAAGGUGGUGCACCAAAUGAUUAUUGAUGCUGGUGCUUAUCCUUCACCUUUAGGGUAUGGGGGCUUUCCAAAGAGUGUAUGCACAUCGGUCAAUGAGUGUAUGUGCCAUGGGAUACCUGAUUCUCGUCAGCUACAGGAUGGCGAUAUAAUAAACAUUGAUGUGACAGUCUACUUGAAUGGUUAUCAUGGGGACACUUCAAAAACUUUCUUUUGUGGCAAUGUUAGUGAUGCAAUGAAACGGCUUGUGAAGGUGACUGAGGAGUGCUUGCAUAAAGGCAUUGCUGUUUGCAAGGAUGGUGCUCUGUAUAGGAAAAUCGGGAAGCGAAUCAGUGAGCAUGCUGAGAAAUUUGGUUACGGCGUGGUGGACCGUUUUGUUGGACAUGGUGUUGGGAAUGUAUUUCAUUCUGAACCACUUAUAUUUCACCACCGCAAUGAUAAGCCAGGCUUCAUGGUUGAGGGGCAAACAUUCACAAUUGAACCAAUUCUUACAUUGGGAAACACGGAGUGUAUCACAUGGGAGGAUAACUGGACAACCCUGACAGCUGAUGGCAGCCCUGCUGCGCAAUUCGAGCACACAAUUUUGAUUACAAAAACUGGCGCAGAAAUCUUAACAAAAGCUUAGAUGAAUCACUCAUGAUUCAUUUUGCACACUUCAUUUCUUCUACAUGUAAUGGAGGAAAUAAACUCCUGCUCCUCCAUUAACUUGAGAUCCAUGGAUCUCAUAUACAACCCUGAGAUGGCAAAAGCAUUAGGCAUUAAGUGAUGAUCCCAGUUUUGAUCACAUCAACACCAUUUAUAGAACUCUGCUGGCAGCUAAGCAAUUAUCGGGACAUCGUUCACCAGAUAUGUUGCCUGGUCAAAGUAAAGGUACAGCAUUGUUACCGGCAUGUCAAUGGCCAUUGCCAGAGCUGGUGAAAUUGGGCUAUAAAUGUUUGCAAUUUGUGAGAAAUUCUUAAGGCUGUUAUACAUAGCAACGAACAGUACAUGAUUUAUAUGUACAGAAAACUUUUCUUGUACUAUUUAAUCAUUUGAAUAAUUGUAGCUCUUUAAUAUACAUUUUAAUCUGAUGAUCCUAACAAACAUUGAUGUUGCUUC